GUUAAUACACUGAUACCUCGAAUUUUAGGCACACGGUGCGCAGCACGGCGGUGUUGCAAAUUGCUCGAGUCGUUGGCGUUCUUGUUUGAUAUUACUGAGACGCACGACAAGUUAUAGUGCAUGUCAACUCAACUAAAUACGCGACGGCUUCUAGCGGCGGUGGUAGGCGAGGGGGCUGGGGCGGGGGCGUUUCCUGGUGGUGCGCCGUGGCGCGGCAACACCCCCGCGCGGCCCCGCCCGAGUCACAGUCCAGCAACAUGGGGCACCGCGGGAGGGUCGCAGGCCGGUGAUUGCUUGUCUUCGCCAUCAACUGGCAAUGCUCAUGGUCCUCCUGGGCCAGCGCCAGCGCACUCUCGUUGUGGGGGUGGGCUGACCGCGCCAGCACCCAUUUACACAACGCGUGUACCAUCAGCAGUGAGCAGCGGCAUGAGCUGCGGCGCCUUUGCACCCGGGCAACGCGCAUCUGCAUGCACGAUCUGGCGCAGCUGUAGCAGCGCGAGCCUGCGGCUGCGUGCUGCUCAGUCGUCGACCGCCUCCUUUCCAACCUUUGCCAGCAGCACCUGUACAAUCGGCAGCAGCUGCAGGCGUGGCUUUUGCAGCAGUGGCGGCAGCGCUAGCAGCAGCAACAGCGCUGAUGGGGAGGUCACAGCCGGGCAGGAGCGUCGGCUCGAGCCCGGCGCGACACCGCUGGCAGCCAUCCAGCCGCGCAUCAUGAUGGUGUUCACAUGCACGAAGUGCGACACACGCAGCACCAAGGCGUUCAGCAAGCAGUCGUACCAGAAUGGUGUGGUGCUGGUGCGGUGCCCGGGCUGUCAGAAGCUGCACCUAGUGGCGGACCACCUGGGCUGGUUCGGCGAGGAGCCCUUCGUGCUGCACGAACACGUGGCACAGCUAGGCGGUAAUGUGGUGCGCAUUGCGGCGGACGACCCGCACACGGGCAACGCGGCAGUGUCCGCACCGGCGGCGGCGGCGCCGACAGCAGCAUCGGUAGCGUCGGUGCCGGCCUUUGCGCCCCACCCGGAUGGGCAGCAGCAGGUGGCGGCUGGAAGCGACCCAGCUGAUCCGGGGCUGGCAGCACGCACGGCAGCGGCGGUUGCGGCUGCCGUGUCGUCUGAUGGCGGGCUGUUUGAGCUGUCUGACGAGUCGCAGGUGCGGGCAGCCCUGGCGGAGGCACGGGAGCUGAAGGGCCAGCAACGGCAGAGGCAGCAGCCCCGGGACGAGUCCAAAGGGAAACAGUAGUCAUGGCAGCAGCCACAGGAUGCAGGCAUCCCUGGCUGGAGUGCAAGCAGGGGCUCAUGCGUGGGCCGCUAUUGAAUGGCUAUGACACAGGCACACAGCUGACACCGUGACUGCUUGACCAAGUCGAUGUUGAGUUCGCGCGUGAUGGUGUCUAGGCUACCGUGUAACAAGCAGCGGUCUACCGCACCGGUGGACUCUUGUGCUGGCUGGAGUCUGCCGGCUUGAUGAUUCGGAACGAAGCGCUGGCGCAGCAGCGAGUAAGCCUCUGUCCGCUGUUGAGGUCUGUUUCACUGUUUUGGCCGUGAGCAUCUGCGCGCAUGAUGAGUGGAGAGCGGCAGGCGGUUGAUGUUGGUUGUGACCCAGAAAUGCAGCGUGUCUGUGCGCGACUGCGCGUGGCGUGUGCCCAGACGCACGUGUAAUCACACCUUUGG